GUUUUGAUUCGUGUUCUCCUGUGGACGUGAGCAGGACCUGAAGGAAAGCAUUUUACUGCACCGUGUGUGUGUGUGUGUGUGUGUGUGUGUGUGUGUGUGUGAGAAGAUUUGGACUUUGAGAUCUGGACUGAGACCCAACAUGAGGUUGGCGAUGGGAGGAUGGGCGUGGCUUCUUCUUUUUACGUGUUUAGCCUGUUCUCUGAUUGGCUGCAGUGCAGAAGUGAAUCACUGCGUGGCGAGUAAAUCGAAGACAUGUUCAGCAUGUCUACAGUCCGGGGUCGGCUGUGCUUACUGCCCUGAUGAGGAGUUUGCGUUCGACCGCUGUGACCUGCUGGACAACCUGAGAUCUCACGGCUGCGCUCAGAUCGUAUCGGUGAAGAGCUCCAUGUCUGUAGAGGAGAACGUCCAGAUAAACAAGAACCUGAAGCACUCUCAGGUGGCUGCUCAGAUGAUCAAGAUGACGCUGGUUCCCGGUGAGGAGCGCGAGAUCGAGAUGGAGGUGUUCGAACCGGCGCGCGGCCCCCUCGACCUCUACAUCCUCAUGGACUUCUCCAACUCCAUGUCCGACGAUCUGGACAACCUGAAGAGGAUGGGCGACGAGCUGGCUCAGCUGGUCGGUACUCUCUCUGACGACUACACCAUCGGAUUCGGAAAGUUUGUGGACAAGGUCACGGAUCCUCAGACCGACAUGAGACCUUCAAAGUUAAAGGAACCGUGGCCGAACAGCGACCCUCCAUUUUCCUUUCAGCACGUGAUCCCUCUCACCAACAACAUCAACACCUUCAGAGAGAUCCUGCAGAAAGAGAGAAUAUCUGGCAACCUGGAUGCUCCGGAGGGGGGGUUUGAUGCCAUCUUACAGGCUGCAGUGUGCCAGAAUCAGAUCGGCUGGAGGAAACACGCCACUCACCUGCUGGUCUUCUCCACCGAGUCAGCCUUCCAUUACGAGGCGGACGGCAUGAACGUUCUGGCGGGAAUUUUGCCGCGCAAUGACGAGGCGUGUCACCUGAACCCUCAGGGCAAGUACACGCACUACAACCUGCAGGAUUACCCAUCAGUCCCCACGCUGGUCAGGGUCCUGGUGGACAACAACAUCAUCCCCAUCUUCGCCAUCACCAACCACUCGCUGUCCUACUACGAGAAACUGGUGACGUACUUCCCCAUCGCUGAGCUCGGGGUGUUACAGAUGGAUUCAUCCAACAUCCUGAACAUCAUCAAGAGUGCGUUCGAGAGCAUCAGAUCGAAGAUCAGCAUCCAGGCGGAGAACAAACCCAAAGCCAUCGGUGCUCAGGUCCUCUCGUCCUCCGGCGCCGCCUCCACCUACGGAAACUUCCAGAUUCAACCUGGAGAGAUCGGUAAAUUUAAGGUGCGCCUGAAUGCGACGACGCGUCUGAGUGACACGCCCGUGUGCAGCCUGAAGCCAAACGAGCGCGAGGGGACAAUUCGGGUAAAACCCACCACGUUUAGCUCCGCCCUCCAGAUUCAAACCGCCGUCCUCUGUCAAACCUGCGACUGUGAGAAGACCCCGACUAUGAAGGCUCCUCGAUGCCACGGCAACGGAGACCUGGUGUGUGGAACCUGCCGCUGUUAUGAUAAAUGGCUGGGUCCGUUCUGUAACUGCUCGUCUCAGGCCUCCUCUGAUCAGGGUUGCAUCGGGCCGGGUACGACGGGGCCCUGUAACGGGCGAGGGGACUGUCUGUGUGGAACCUGUCUGUGUUACAAUCCACACCAGUACGAGGGCCAGUACUGCCAGUACGACCGGUCACAGUGCCUCCGAUACGGGGGGUUCCUCUGCAACGACCGAGGAUCAUGCUACAUGGGAAGGUGUGUGUGUGAAAAUGGAUGGACAGGAGAUGCAUGUGAAUGCCCAGUGAGCAACGUGACCUGCCUGGAUAACAAUGGGGGACUGUGUAAUGGACACGGUGUGUGUAAGUGUGGUCGCUGUGAGUGUGAAUAUUCGGGACUCGAGCUCGGUGCAACAUGUGAAGCAAACUUCCAGGCUCGGUUGGGGCUGUGUGAGAGCAUGAGGAGCUGUGUACAGUGUCAGGCCUGGAAAACUGGAGACAUGAAAGGAGAGAAGUGUAACGAGUGCCCGUUCAAAAUCACCAUGGUGGAUGAACUGAAGGAAAAAGAGGAGGUGAUAGAGGCGUGUGAGUACCGUGAUGAGGAGGACGACUGCACUUAUUACUACACAGUCAAUUAUCCUCCUGAUCUCACUGAUAAAGUCCACGAGGUUCAAGUGAGGAAGAAAAAAGAUUGUCCUCCUGGAGGAUUCCUCUGGUUGAUUCCUCUCAUCAUGUUCCUGAUGCUGCUGCUGGGUUUGUUGCUGCUCUGCUGCUGGAAGUACUGCGCCUGCUGCAAGGCGUGUCUGGGUCGGCUGGCCUGCUGUCCGUGCUGUGCGAUGGGUCGUAUGGUGGGAUUUAAGGAGGACCACUACAUGCUGCGUCAGUCCCUGCUGAGUUCGGAUCACGUGGACACUCCGCUCGUCCGGACCGGGCCGCUAAAAGGCACCGACGUGGUGCGCUGGAAAGUGAAGGACAACGUCCACCGCCCACCGAGCCACCCUCAGAACCAGAUCCAGCCCAACCCCAAAGAAAUGAUCGACUUUCCCGUCUCGCUGCGGCUCCAGAGACAGUUCUCAGACGAUCUCUCACGCCCGGACGCUCGCGACACUGAGAUGCUGAAGCAGGAAGUGGAGGACAACCUGAACGAAGUGUUCCGGAGGAUUCCCGGGGCGUAUCGAGUACAGAAAACCAGAUUCAGGACACAGAGAAAUGCAGGAAAGAGACAGAACAACACGAUCGUGGACUCGGUUCUCUCGGCUCCUCGCUCCAGUUACCCCGACAUCGUUAAUCUCACCGAUAAACAGGUGCAGGCUGGGAACUUCAGUAGCCUGAGAGUCGUACCGGGGUAUUACACCGUGGCUACUGACAGGGAGGCGACGGGGGCGGUGGAGAUGCAGGAGGGCGUGGAGUCCGUGGAUGUUCGGGUUCCACUCUUCAUCAAAGACGAGGACGACGACAAGAAGCAGCUGCUGGUGGAGGCCAUCGACGUUCCCGUGGGCAUCGCCAAGAUCGGAAAACGCAACGUCAACAUCACGGUCAUCAAAGAGCACGCAAAGUCCGUCCUGAGCUUCCUGCAGCCCUCGUACACGUACUCUCGCCAGGACGGGGUCGCUAACAUCCCCAUUAGCCGCGAGAUUAUCGAGGACGGUCGCACUCAGGUCAGCUACUGCACCCGCGACCUCACCGCCAAGGACAAGAAGGACUACGUCUCGGUGGAUGGAGAUCUGACGUACCAGCCUGGAGAAACUCAGAAGAACGUUCCGGUGAAGCUGCUGGAGCUCCGUGAGGGAGACCCACUGAUGGAUAAACUACCCAAACAGUUCGUGAUGGACCUGAGUAACCCACGCCAGGGGGCCAAGCUCGGCAGGUACCCACGGACGACCAUCAACAUCACUGACAGGCCAGGUGAUUUACAGACCAGCAUCAGCCCCCUCAGCAGACCCAUUUCUCCCACCGGGCGCCUCCAGCACCCCACCAACAUCAACGCCGUGGCAACGGGGCCCAAAAAAAUACGCCUCAACUGGAACCCUCAGCCUGGAGCCAAGGGCUAUAAGGUGAAGCACUGGAUCUAUGGAGACCCUGAAGCUAAUGCGCAGGUGCUGGAUGUGAAGAGCCCUCAGGCUGAGCUGGUGAACCUGUACCCGUACUGUGAUUAUGAGAUGAGGGUGUGUUCCUACAACGCUCAGGGAGACGGGGACUACAGCGACAUCGUACAGUGUCAGACUCUGGAGGACGUACCGAGUGAACCCGGACGUUUGGCCUUUAACGUCAUCGGCCCGACCGUCACUCAGCUGAGCUGGGCGGAGCCGGCCGAGCCCAACGGUGUGAUCACCCAGUACGAGGUCGUCUACACGCCCAUCAACGAGGACAGCAAACCCAUCGGACCUGAUAAGAAGGUGAAGAUCGAUAACCCGAAGAAGCGCAUGCUGCUGAUCGAGAACCUGCAGCCCUCCCAGACCUACCAGUAUAAAGUACGCGCUAGCAACAAGGUGGGCUGGGGACCGCACCGAGACGCCACCAUCAAUCUGGCAACCCAACCUCACAGACCCAUGUCCAUUCCGAUUAUUCCCGAUAUUCCCAUCGUGGACGCGGAGGCGGGAGAGGAGUACGACAGCUACCUGAUGUACAGUAACGAGGUUCUGCGCUCCCCCACCUCCAGCACCAGACCCAGCAUGUCCGAGUUCUCUGAAGACCAGGUCGUGAACGGGAAGUGGGAUCAGAGCUUCCUGUUCCCGGGUGGAGGAAGCUCCCUGACGCGGAACAUCAGCACGUCCUCCACCAGCUACAGCCUCUCACCCCGACCCGGAACCGCCAACCAGACCACCGAGUCCACAACCACUUACAUAACCAACAAAGGAGGAUCACGUCAGAUCGGUGGUGGACUCCUCACAGAAGACGUGAUCAUGAGGAAACGCUCUGAUAACAGGAACUACUAUGAAACCGAUAACGUGCGAGACUCCAUCGUGAUGGGUGAAGUGACCGACGGCUUCUCCAGCGUCCUCACCGGUGGCGGCAUUCUUUCAGGCGGCUCUAGCUUCAGCCAGACCACAGCUACCGGUUACAGCCUGAGCUCCAGGGUCCGCGAUCAGUCCGAGGACAUCAGUGAGGCUCUGCAGAACCUGGACAGGGUUCUUCAGGAUUCUCGGGUGCCACGGGGGGUCCCUGAAACCCCGAGCAGGCUGGUGUUUUCUGCUCUGGGCCCCACAGCUCUGAAGGUCAGCUGGCAGGAACCCCACUGUGAGAAGCCGAUAAUGGGAUACUGCGUCCUCUACCAGCUUCUCAACGGAGGUGAGACGAAGCGGAUGGACAUCGCCAACCCCGCCCAGAACUCAGUGGUGGUGCAGGAUCUGCUGCCCAACCAGUCGUACCUGUUCAAGGUGAAAGCUCAGAGUAAGGAGGGCUGGGGCCCCGAGAGAGAGGGCGUCAUCACCAUCGAGUCUACAGUCGACCCCAAGAGUCCCCUCAGCCCCGUUCCAGGUUCCUCGUUCACUCUGAGCACGCCGAGUGCACCGGGGCCGCUGGUCUUCACCGCAUUAAGUCCGGAGACUCUGCAGCUCAGCUGGGAUAAACCACGCAAACCCAACGGCGAGAUCCUCGGCUACGUCGUCACCUGUGAGCAGCUGCACGGUGGAGGAGAUCAGCGCUCCUUCCAGCUCAGUGGGAGUUCUGCUACCUCCCUGACCGUCUCUGACCUGAGUGAGAACGUACCCUACAAGUUCAAGGUCCAGGCUCAGACCACACAGGGCUUCGGGCCGGAGAGAGAGGGGAUCAUCACCAUCGAGUCUCAGGACGGAGGGACGAUGGGUCAGUUCGGCGGAACGUCUUUCACGAGGAGAGAAGUGUUCAACCUGCCGACGCAGGGCACCACCCACACAACCCACACCAUGUUUACUGAACCCUUCAUCACCCCAGAGGGUAUGAUGAUGUCCAGCAGACAGAUCACUCAGCAGAUGGAGCUCAGCGGCGGCAGCAUCACCCGUCAGGUGGAGAUGGUUCAGAGAGGAGUAACGUCCAGCGUCACCAAGAAAGUGGAGAAACAGUUUUAUCAGGCAUAAAGACGUCGUUACCGUCUACUGACCAUUACUGACUUUACUUACCAACAUCUCAGACCCUAACCCAACAUCUCAGACCCUAACCCAACAUCUCAGACCCUAACCCAACAUCUCAGACCCUAACCCAACAUCUCAGAUCUGCUCUUUACAUUUCAUAUCAAUAACACAGUAACACAAUAACACAGUAACACAGUAACGUUGUGACAUCACAACUUCAGCUUCUCUACAGAUUACUGAAGAGCACGAGAUGAAACACGUUGAUGCCCCAAGGAUCUUUGUGUAGAUCAGAUUUAUAGCUCCACUCCCUAAUGUAUUUACUCCAAAAUAACCUGGACGAUUCAUGUACUAAGUGCCUAAAGACUCCAUGUGAAUAAUGAAAGUGGUGUUUCAGAUUCAGUAUUGAACUGUAGUGUUUGUUUCUGUUCAAAUCAAGAGUUACUUUGGGCUUUAGACAGUAAUAAUAAUAAUAAUAAUAAUAAUAAUAAUAAGUUUUUUACUCUCUAAACCUUUUUCUUAUUGAAUGUAAACCAAAAGUAUUUGAAUGUGUUUCUGUGUUCCUGAUGUUUAUGCCGAACUCUUUGCACAAGCGUGUAAUCCUGUCUCGUUUAUUUACUCAGACUUUCAUUAUUAAGGGAUUUUUUAAUGUAUUUCUGUAUUUUCUAACAAUGUUGAAUAUUAUAAAUAUUUUGUACAUCGUACGAUGCUAACUUUGUAAACUAACAUUACCAGUUUAUUUUUACAAUUGAGACGAGCAGUGCUGACCAGUGAAAUGAACUAAACUCAUGGAUGCUGAGAUGAGCUACAGUAACUAUGGAAAUGUUAGAUUAAAAGUUAGCAUCAUGUUUUGGAGCAGAAUAAGGAUUUUACACUCCACAUUUCAAAACUAAAUAUGAUUUCAUUUUGUUUGUAUUUUAUUACACACUACAUGAGUCUCACAGCUUCUGUUAUAAUCAUUAAUGAUGCAGAAUUUACUGUACACAAAAGCAUGUGGAAUUUUUAUCUUUUUUUAAAUCCUGAACUUCUAGUAUCAACCUCAGUUCUGUUCAUAAUAACACAAAAGCACUUACAUUUAAGACUUACAUGCAACACUGCCACCUAUAAACAUCAUUCACUAAUUUAACUUCAUUCUGGCUUCCAGGGCAGUGGCUAGCUCAGCCAUUAAGCUACUGGAAAAUGAUCGUAAAGUCACUGUUGGACCCCUGAGCAAGGCCCUUAACUCUCAGUUACUCAGAUUGUGUUCAGUCAGAACUGUAAGUCUAUUUAGAUAAAAUCGUCUGAUUAAUGUAAAUAAUUAAUACUAAUAACAGUGUGACCAAACAUUGCCUAAUUUAUAAUCUGUUCCUGUUCAGCAUCUAGGAGGAAGUAUUAGGUAAAACUAAAUAAAUAAAUAAAUAAAAUACACAAUUAUUUUAUACUGUUAUCGAUAAAAUUAUGAUUUUAUCUUGCUUGCUAGAAUUUAAGAGGAACAGCGGCAGUAUUUACUUUACUGCAAUGUAAAUGUUUGGUGCUGUUUAAAUGAGGAACUGCAUGUCUGGGACUGAUGUGUUUGCUCUGCCUUUUUGGAUAAUGCUUUUUUCUGGCUUUUAUUUUUUAUAUAUUUUAAGUACAGUGUUUUUAUUUGUUAUAAUUUUACAUGUAUUCCAAUAUGAGGAUGAAAACCUGCUUAUUUCAUCAAUCUCUGAUAUUUCACUGUCAACACUGUUUCAUUAAACAUGUCAACUCUACAUUUAAUAAACAAUAAAG